CCACAGGUAGGAAAUGCAAAUCAAGCCAGAGAGCGCUGCUACACAUUCUCAGAGCAUUGCGUGCCCUCAGUCUUUAAAACCAUUUGCAUCCAGGGACUGAAACAAAGGCAUUUCCUCAUGACUUGUGCAGUGAGAGUGGACUUCAACUCAUGACAAUGAGCUUCUUUGGAAAACUCAAGAACCUACACUCUGGACCACCUGCUCCUCCCAGAAGGACAGAAACCAAUGCAGGGUUUGAAUGGCCUCAGGAUGAGUUUCAGGACGAUGAGGAGAGUGACAUGUAUGAAGUGCCUCCCUGUGAGCGUGCACCUGCAAAAGUUCCACAGAGACAAGUACAAGAAAACAUUUAUUUGGAGAGGACCUCUAAUCCUGCUAUUCCACAAAGGCAGGCUGCCCCCCCACCACCCCGACCGGGCAAACCAUCGAAACCACAACCGCGAGAGGAGUCAUAUCCUGAUUCCAACAAUAAGAAACCACCUGAGAUAGACCGAAAUGAGAAGCCUGGAAGAAAAAAGAUGCCCCCCCCGCCUGUCCGCCCAGCUCCCUCUCCCUCCCCUGCCGUCAUUGAGGAAGAUGUUUAUCUGGAUCCAAAUGAGGAGAAUGAAGAUAAUGAGGACCUGUACUUGGAGCCAGAAGCAGCUUGUUCCCCAGCUCCACGUGGGCCACGGAUGCCUCCGUCCCCCAAGACAGCUCCUGCCUCCAUACCCAUGAUGAAGCCUCCCGUUCCCAGAGAGAAGGCUAAUUCCAAGUUUCCCGUCAUGACUGAGUUGAAAACAGCUCUUUCAGUUGAAGAGAGACGUACUUUCCCCACCAAACUCCCCCCGCCAACAGUCACCAGGCCUCAGUUACCAUCAAACCUGAAAGAGGCUAAAUCCAGUCCUCCAAGCCUUCCUGUGACGGACACAAAGCCUGCUGGUGGGAUGAAGCUGUCCAAGCAAACAGAGAAUGAGGAUAAAGAGUGGUUUGCAGGAGACUGCAGCAGAAAAACAGCUGAGGAUCUCUUACAGAGAGUCAACAAGGAUGGUGCUUUCCUCAUCCGGCACAGCUCGGCCCAGAGCAGCCGCCAGCCGUACACCCUGGCCGUGCUCUACCAGCAGAAGGUGUACAACAUCCCCAUCCGCUUCCUGGAGGACAUACAGGGCUAUGCCCUCGGAAAGGAGGGAAAGAACAACGAAGAGAUUUUCACCAGCCUUGACGACAUGAUCUCAUUCCACAAGAAUAACCAACUGCUGCUGAUUGACAGCAGGAGCCAGGCCAAGCACACGGCACAUCUAACUCACCCCGUCCGCCCUUAAAACUACACUGACUCUAUGUUUCGCUGGCAUGACUCAUGAGGUUAAAGGUACAAAAUGAACGUUUCCCUCAUGGAAAUUCUGUAGGCUUACAGUGUGUCUUUCACAGAGGUUCCUCCCUACGGCGGUGGGAACAGAGAUCUUUUCAUUGAGAGAUGUAGAAAAUCUUCUUUGACACACAGCAGCUGCAUCAGUCGGCUGAACAUAGCGUUGAGUUUUGACUUAACUGUGGUUUGAAAAGGGGACGUUCUUUGUUUGCACUGUAAUUGUAAUAAUUUUUGCACAAUUUAGGCUUUCUCUGGAAAACGGAAACUGUCUGUUACUGAAACAGUCAUUUAGUCAUUUUUGUCUUGAUUAAGAAAUUGGUACAUUGUGUCAGAUCAUUAUAAUUCACUUUCUUUUGACUGAAAUGUUAUACUUGUGCUCAUAAGGAGUCUGACAACCUAUAGAUACUAACAACACUAAUUUACUAUGUAUCUUUUUCUUUGUUGACUUGAAUGACUGAUUUGGAGUCUUUUGGGUUUUUAGUGUGAAAUUGUUGACUCUGGUACAGUAACUUAUAUUUCUUUUUAUUCUAAAUCUUUUGCCAUUAUUUCUCGAUAUUUAAUGUUGUUGUCUAGUAACCAGUUUAACCUGCACCUAACGACCAAUUGACUAAAGGUGUUUGUGUGUCUGCUUCAUUUAAAGGUUUAUGCAAGUGCAUUUUAUUACUCGUGUUUGAUAAUUUAAGUAAAUUCAACCUUCUGCCGUUGUCAAAAAAACUGUUUGUUGUGUAUAUCUAUCAGUGAGGGUCACCAGGAUCAGUCUGCGUGCACAGCUGUGUGUGUGUGUGUUGUGUGACUUGCUUUCCUGCAGCUGCUGACCAGACGCUGGUGGAUCCACCUGCUUCCUGUCAGGGUUAAACCGUCUGCUCUGACUCUUUGCUCGGAAAAACCAGAUGGCAGAGCUGGUACUAAAAUAUGAACAGAAUUACCGUACAUUAAGAUUCAGUGUAACAUUUAGACUACGCUUACAACUCUUACAGGUCACAACCAGCCUUAAAUGCAUGGCAAGGACUAAAUUCAGGCAAAUGGAGGCAUCAAAUGAUACAUGGAGGGAACAUAUUUUCUAGUUGUCUUUUAACUUUUUGAAAUGACUAAAUCUUGUGUAGUUUAUAAUCUAGCUGCUAAUAAAGCCUAAAACAUCAACACCCACCAUCAUGCUUGAGAGCAGGUGAGGUGUUUUUGUUGAUAUACUGUGUUUGUUUUCCUCCAAACGUACUACUUUAGCAUAUAACUACACAUCUCUUUUUAUUCUUGUUCCAAAUAUCUAAAAAUAAAUCUGAUUAAAUGUUUCUGUCAUUCAAUUUACUAUCAAACAUGUUACAUGAGCCGAGACCUGGAGUUUGUAUUUGUUGAUGUAAUUUUUCGGGGAAAUUGGGACAUCCACUUUGACAGAAUCAUGUGUUCCGCAAUGUUUCCUACUUGCAAAUGUUCUGACUCUAUUAAAACUGCACGGAAAUGGUCUUUUAACUCUUCAGAGGCUGAUGAAAAGCUUCUCUAAUAAAAGAUUCUUCUUUCAUCUUUGGCCACAGUUAAACAAACCAUAACUCGUCUGUUUUAACACAAACACAAAUCCUCCAGAUGACCAAAAAGUAAAUCACAUUUACCCAUUCCUGCACAGGAGCAGGCCAUAAACUUGUUGGAUGUGACAAUUAAUGAAAACCUGAAACUGUUCUUUUAUGGUUCAGCUGAAAAAAACCCUAAAACAACUGAUGUUGGGUGUGAUCAUCAUGAAUAUCUGAAAAGUACACAAUCUGUGUGAAAUAUUUGCUCUGAUACA